AUGUUGGCGGUGAUGCUGGUGGAGUUGAUAAGGGUAAAGGUAUUGAAGUGGAGAUGGAGUCUAGUGAGACUACUCCACAACAAACCAUUUACACAAAACGUCCUCCCGUUGAAGGUGGAGCCACUUCUGGCUUUGUGCGGAGUCCGCACUUUGAACAAAAUCCUGGUGAUUCCUGGGGUAACCCGGCUUGCGAUGAUUUGCCGCACGUCCCCCGUUGGGGCCUUACUCAGGGCUCUCGCAUGAAUGAUUUGCAGAACUGUAAGGAGUUCUUCUCAUUAUCCCUUCCUCCUGCCGAGAGGAUGUUUCAGAAAAACCGCAGCCGCUUUGCCCUUAUAGAUGAUCAUGUUACGGCUGGGGUUAACUUCUUUGCCACCUCUCAGGAGAUUCUUCGUGAGUGGCGUUCUAUGGGAGAAGAAACUAUGGCGUUUGAGGAGGCCAAGAAGGCAUUUGCUGAAGAGAAGGAAAAAUUUAACACAGAGCAGAAGGGUCUGCAAUGGCGGGUUACUGAGGCUGAGCGGAAAUUUGAAGAGCAGAAACGGUUAAACGAGCAAAAACAAAAGGAUUGGGAGUCGGCAUGUGCUCGUACGAACGCGGAGAUGCAGUCGCAGCGUGAUGCUAUUGUGCGGCUGUCCGGUGAGAAGACUGCUCUCGCGGAAGAGGCUCAUCAAGCGCGUCUUGCGGCGGAGAAGAAGGAAAAGGAGUAUAUUGCGCGGAUAGAUAAGCUGGAGCUUCUUGUGCAAGCGAAGACUUCGGAAUGUGAGGCUGCUCAGCGUCUUCUUGAUGAGAAGACGGCGGAGUGCCGUGCGUCUGAGCUCCUUGCUGAGGAAGCUUCAGCUGAUAGUAGGUGGCUGCUAUCUCGCGGUGUUCCAUUGCUUGCUGAUCGUAUCUUGAAUUCUCCUGAGCUUGCCCAAUACAUGUUUGAGUUGGGUGGGGCAGGUUAUAAUAGUGGCCGCAAGAAUGGAUAUGCUGAAGGCAGGUGUGCUGCUGCAAACAAUGAGAAGGAUUACAAGUUUGAGCUGUAUAAGGCUGAUUGCGAUAAUGCGUAUGCGAAGAAACGGCGAGAGUUUGCAAUGCUUGAUUUUGCCGUAGUUAAGGCUGCUGGUAAGUUGGCCCUCAAAGCGGAUGGGGUAGCUUUGUUAAAGAAGGCAUUGGGAGAAGAUGAUGCUAGCGGUGCGGGUGGUGCUGGUUCCAGCCGCACUUAGUUUGGGAUUUCCGGCCUGUGUGCCGCGUACAGCCUUGUAUGGGCUUGUAAUGAUGUUUCAAGACAAUUUCUUACUUUGCACUUUUGUGUAC